CUCAUACCUUGUCUGUACGCGCUCUACUUGUGGCUGCGUAUAAGAGGUACGUAGUAUUUCUUUCGUUUCUUUCGUUUCUUUUUUAUUCCCUUGAUGCCGUUAUUGCCAAUCCCCAGCACCCCGGCUCUUCUUUUACCUACUCGAUUCAUCUCUCCAAAGCCCUUGUCUUCUCUUUUCGGCCAUACGACUCCCUGUUGGGGUUGCCGUUGCUUUGCUUGUUACUUUACUUUUGCUUUUGCCUUGCCUUGCCCUGUCUUUUGUAUAGCCCCCCCGUCUUUGUUGCAUUGCUUUCAUGAGCAUCUACCCUCUUUUAUUCCCAGUAUUAUCUUUGUUAAUCCUCGAUUGAGAAGUUCUGGGGAAGUGGAAAAGGCGACUCGCUCUCCAUCCCGUACCGUACAGUACCUUGUCGCAACGACUUGGGAGGCAACAACGACAAGACCUCUCUCUUCUUCACGUGGCUCUGUUCUCGCCCGGCAACUCAGCCACCCUCCACUCUGCCCCGCGGCUACAUCUUUGCCUGCAGACGCCUUGCGGCUUUAUGAGCCACGUACUUGGCACCAUCCCACCAACCUGCCAGCUCACCAACGCAUGUCUGGUAGACUUGGGUGCCUGAACAUUGCACGCUUCUCUUGCGAUUACCCAAGCAUCGAAUCGCCAGCUUCCCAGCCGGACGUGCCCAACCUAUACCCAAGCGACCGGCGCGCAUUUUAAACCUGUUUCCAAAACAGAAUUAAGAGGAAAAAAACGAAAGGCAAAAAACACAACGAACUACUGUCCUAGCACGAUUUUUUUAUAUUUUUUAGUUUCUUCAUCUUCGGUUGUUCGUCAUUGGGCUUUUCGCGGUCCUCGUUGUAAGCAGUC